AGUUUAAUGAGGCACUGACAGAAGUAGUUGUCAGUGUCACAUUACAGUUUUAUUCCAUUUUUGUUAAAAAAUGCCUCCAAAAAAAGCUAAAAAGGAAAGAAAGCAAGACGAUGGAAAAAAUUUUUAUGACACGCAAAUAACAGACCUUAAUCACAUUCUGUCCGAUCUACGCACCAAACAGAUUGAAGUCGGAGGCCGCAACGAAGAACUUCUCAAUGAAGAAAUUACUUUAAUUCAAGACGAAAAAGAUAUCAUUAGCUAUUUAAAUCGUACGAUUCAAGAUCUCACUGAUGAAAUCAACGGCAUCCAAAACGAAUGCGAUCGUGUAGAAGAGGAACGCAUCAAGGAAGCGCAAGACUUUGAAAAUGAAAAAGAGAAAAUACAAGAGAAUCAUGAACGAAUCGAAGAGAAUCUUUUGUCGGACUUGAAACUAACUGUUGGAAAACUGCACGCGUUGGAAGAAUUCCGUUUACUGCGAGAUGAAAUAAUGCAAAAGUACGAAAUAUUAGAGAACGAAGAAGAAGAGCAAAAGGUACGCCAUAAGCGAGAGAUUUACGAAGUUGAGCGGAAGUUUAUCAUUGGCGAGGACAAACUGAAGAAAGAAAUGGACGCAAAACUGAAGUGGUUGAUCGAAAAAUUCCAAGCUGUGACAGACAUACGUGUUGCAGCGACCACUUUACGAGUUCUUAAGGAAAACAUUGCGUUGAAUAAUAUGAUUGAAGCCAAAUUCAAAACUUUACGGAAAUUGUAUGAUGUUCAUGAUAAACUCGAGAGCCAUGACUGGCGAUUGCAACUGAUGUCGCAUAUGAGUAUGCUUGAAGCUAACACGAUGUCGAAUCAAUCCAGUGGGUUAAAACAUGCACUUAUUAAUUUAGUGAAUGAUUACUAUGCCAUGACUACGACUAUUAAACAAGCAAAAUUGAAGGAACCAACCAUAGCUGUUUAUAGAGAGAGAAUAAAGGUUUUUAAAGAUCAGAUUGCUGAAGAUACAACAAGGAAAUUGAUUCUGGAGCAAAAUAUUCACGAGUUGCGCUGUCAGCGCGAAGACAUUUUUGCAAAGAUUCGCCAUGAAAAGGCACGCAAUGAUGAGUUACACACUAUGUUAAGGGAAGUUGCAAAGAUGUUGCAAGCGCCAGCGGUCAACGAUGAAGUAUUUUCUAUUUAUGAUCAACCACCGGAAGGCGAGGAAGAUGCUGCACACUCAAAAUCAUCGAUUUUGUUUAAAAUUUGUGAAUUUUUGAUGCAGGUGCGUGAAUGGAACCAAAAUUUGAAGCCAAUGCAGAUGCUUGAAAGUAGAAGUGACAUAUACAUGCAAGGGCGAAUGGGUUUGGUCCCAAGAGAAGUUAUUUUAAAGUCUAUGAUUCCAACGAUGGAGGAAAAAGCGGAACAAGUCGAUGGAAGCUUCGAUUUGUUGUUCAGCGAAAAGAGUUUUGACGAAGAAGUUUGUUUCGAAGAGGCUAGUGAAAUGGAGGUUGAACCGAUUAGUAAUGAAGAAUCGGUUGUGAUUGUUGUUGAAGAGCAAGAAACACAGACUGAUUUACAUGUUAGCUCUUCAAGUUUGAAUUAAUAAUUGUUAUGAUUAGAAAUGAAUAAAUUAUACGUACUCUACGAAGAUUUGAAGAUAGGUGGAUGAAAAUGUUCUCACAAUGUAUUGUUACUAAAUUGCAGUAAAUAACUAAAUAAAGUGUAACCCUGUUUUAAAAA